AUGUCUCGAGGUAGCUUUGUCUUCACGACCACGGCCCUGCGCUCUCUGGAACUUGAUGAAGACAUGCUGGAGAGACAAAAGUACAAGAAGCAGCUGGCCGGCCAUCACUUCAAUCGCUAUAUGCUGAAGAAGGAGCUCAGGGAAAGGGCACCGCUAAGGUCCAGUACUUUCAUGCCACCAGCUGUUUGCCAUGACGCGGUCGUCCAGAACGCUCUGUACACAGGAGACCUGGAGGCCAUGCAGCACCUCUUUCCUAGAGGAUCCACAGUGAACCUCAUCAUCGAGCCACAGGGAGGGGACAUGCGCUGGGUCGCCACAGGGGACGGACUUUGGUCACUGAGCUAUGAGCAGGAGCUGACCACGCCGCUUCACAUCACAGCCAGCCGAGGCUUCACCGACUGCCUGAGACUCCUGCUGCAGCGGGGGGCCGACGUAGACCUGGCCCCUGGGGGCACCACGGCCCUGCACGAGUCCUGUGAAAACUGCCAGCCAGAGUGUACCAAACUGCUGCUGAUCCACGGCGCCAACGCCAAUGCCGUCACUGAAGACGGCUUAAUGCCUUUGCACUAUUGCACAAGCCCCGAAUCCCUUGAAUGUGCCAAGAAUCUCCUGCAGUACGGAGCAGCCAUCAGCGGUCGGACUGUGGACGAGGACGACACUCCGUUACACGUGGCAGCCAGCAACGGCCUCCCAGAGCACACCGAGCUCUACCUGCGCUACGGAGCCGCUGUGGACAAACGGAACAACGAGGGCCUCACGCCUCUGAACGCCGCUUGCUCCCAACCCCAGGAGGUGCAGGAGCUUGAACAGUACUUCAAGGUGUGCCAGGUUCUGGUGGGGGCCGGGGCCGACGUGCACAACGCGGACCAGGACAAACGCACGCCUUUGCACAUGGCCUGUAAGAAUGUAAAUGCGGACAUUGUGGAUCUGCUGCUGGCCAACGGAGCCCGCGUUAACGACAUGGAGUACGGAGGCGAGGCGCCCAUGCACAACAUCCUGAAGGUGGCGUGCUACAAGAUUUCCCGUCAGCCCGAGAGGAUCGUCCGCGCUCUGCUCAACCACGGUUCUAUCCGGGUUUGGCCUGGAGCUCUGCCCGUGGUUUUGAAGCACUGCUGUAGAUCUCCACGCACCAUCGAGGUCCUGCUGAACGCUUACAGUCACCUCAAAGUCACAGACACCUGGGUUGAGUCAGUGUCACCGGAGGUGUUUAAGGAGCACAAAGAGUUCUAUGAGUCCGUCUUCUCGUUGGCACGGACUCCUCGCUCCCUGCAGCACUUGGCACGCUUCAGGGUCAGGAUGUUCCUGGAGGGCCGGGUGCUCAAAGUGGUCCCUCAACUGGAUCUGCCCACCUUCAUCAAGAACUACCUGCUCCUGGAGUACAGAGACUACGUCCACUGA